AAUGGUUUGGGAGCAGAAUAGCUAUUCGGUUGUUAUGGUAACCUCUCUUUUUGAGCGUGGAAAGCCUAAAUGUGACAAAUAUUGGCCUGACAAAGGAAGUGAAAUGUAUGGAGACAUUGAAGUGACUUUAACGAAGACAGAAGAGUUCGCUGAUCACGUCACGCAUACCUUGGAAAUUAAAAAGGAUGGGGAAAAACGCGACGUGCGUCACUACUAUUUUCUAUCAUGGCCUGACCAUGGUGUACCCAAAUAUCCGACUCAACUCCUGGCUUUUAGAACACAUUUCAGAUCUUAUCAUCUGGAACAGUCUGGGCCCAUCAUCGUUCAUUGCAGUGCUGGUGUUGGUCGAACAGGUGUUUUUCUUGCAAUUGAUACUAUCCUUGAUAAACUGGAGAAAGGUGUUAUCGAUUCCAUUGAUAUUUUUGGACAAGUAUGUGCAAUGAGGGAAAGGAGGAUGAACAUGGUACAAACUUUGCAACAAUACAUAUUCAUCCACGAAGCCAUUUUGGAAAAUAUUCUUUGUGGAAUGAACGAGGUUGAUACCAUCAAAAUCAAGAAAGAGAAUGGAAUUCUUGCCAAAGUUAAAGCCAGUGGAUUUACUGGUUUUCAGGAGAAGUUCAAGAUGUUGGGUGAGGUUUCGCCAAAAUUCUCUUCAGAGGAACACAAUGCAGCAAUGCUUGAAGAGAAUCUCAAAAAGAAUCGCGACAAGAAUAUUUUUCCUGGCGAAAGCAAUCGUGUACCUCUACCGUACGUGGAUGGAUUGGAAUAUUCAGACUACAUCAACGCUGUGUUUGUUCAUGGUUACCUCGGGCGAAAUUAUUUCAUCGCAACCCAAAGUCCACUUCCGAAUACGAUGAACGACUUCUGGCGAUUGGUUUAUUAUCAAAAGUCAUCCACGAUUGUGUUGUUAAACAACGUCAAAGACGGAACGUCGUUCCCAAAAUUCUGGCCAACAAACCCAGGUGAACCUGCACAGUACGGCACGAUGACAGUUCAGUUGAACUCUGAAGAACAAUCGGAUGAAAUAUGGACUAGAACCUUUUCCCUAUCAACUUAUUCAGAUAUGUCAGAACCACGUAUUGUAACUAUUUUCCAAUACGCGAAAUGGCCGGACCACAGCGUACCUCCUAAAGGGAAUGCCGUCAUCACACUAAAUUCACUGGCCGAAAAUUCCAGGAAGAAUCAUAAGGGGCCAAUAAUCGUGGCAUGCAGUGAUGGGGCAGGCCGGACAGGGACGUACAUUGCAAUUUCAAACCUCCUGGAACGAAUAAAAAUAAAACAAGCAAUGGAUGUCUUCCAGACCAUAAAAAUUAUCAGAGGAGCACGAGCCCAAUUUGUCGAAAAUUCUGAGCAAUAUCAGUUUUGUUACACAGCCAUAAUGGCGUACUUGGAUUCUUUUGAUGAAUACGCAAACUUUUGCGUAUAAAAAUGCAAUAAGUAAAUAAUAAGAACAUAAUACUUUUUUAAUAAUUUAGUUUGAUUAUUCAUAACUUUGUAUAUUAGAGACAAGACAGAAAUAUUCGCAAAAAAGUAUGGUUGGAAGUAUAGUCGAAAAUAUGUACAAUAAUUCGUAAAUUACUCCAUUUAGUUUGCAAUUAUGCAAAUUAAAUACAAAACCCGCAAAGUCUUGAUAAAUGUACUGCACGUUAUAAAUGUUCAAACCACUAUUUACUACGAAAGAUUUAUGUAUUCUGGCUAAAGUUAAUGUUAACGAUAAUAAUUAUGUAUAACUAUUGGGGACUAUAUUAUGUCAGACGUAUAUAUGUCAGAUUUUUAGAUUUCACAAAGCCUUUCGCGCCUUUGUUAAGAAAAAUAGCAAGAAAUAAAUAUUAAUUACUUGAUCUCAAUAUUAAGCGUUUGAAUUGAAGAAUAUUAUGCAACUU